ACAACAAAAACGAAGAGCGAAGAGUCUCAUCUGGAUGUGAGAGUCGCGUGUGCCUUUUCGCUGGAGUUCAAUUGAACUAAAAAUUGGACUAAACGUUCAGGAUUCGGCCAUUUCGGCUGCCGAAAAGUCGACUAGAAGAUCGUCGGCUCCUCCCUGCUAUCAAAGCUGCGAGCCCGGAUUGAGUUACUACCAAAAUUCACUCUCACAUUAUUUUGUCUGCGAUGCAUGUCUUGUUUUCCAUAGCCGACGAGAGAAGCGACGACAAUUUGACGCGCGCCCGAGAAACACGCGGCGCGGAACGAAAUGUGGAGGGCGAAUCUCUUGUAAACACUUCAUUCGACGAAGGCAGCUUCAACUUUUUGCACAAGAAAAAUGACAAGAGCAGAGCAAAAAGUGGUGGUGUUGUGACCUCAAGCAUUGGAAACCUUCAAAUUAAGCUUAAAUUAACUGGAAAUCAUGGACGUAUCGGACAUUUUCCGCAAGCUCUCGUCCGGCGCCAAAUUCAACACCAAAAGGUUCAACUCGCACGCCCGCAAAUUUCAGAUGACUAAGAAAGUCUUUGAGCCUGAGCCUGUGGUUAAAAAUCCUCAAGUUAAGGUCGAGGAGGAUGAGGACUUUGACCUGUCCGAGGCGGAAUCAGACGAGGAAAAGACUGAAGAAGAAAAUGAGGAGCCUGAGAAAUCCGAUAGCGAAGAGGAACUGACCCUGAUGGGUUCUAUCAAAGCUGGGAAGGACGGAAAGCCCGUAAAAAAGAUCAAGAAAAAGAAAGUUCCGGAGAAGGAAAAACUGAAAAUUCAGCAUCAAGAAGAGGUCAACCGGAAAAGGAACCUGUUGAAAAUGAGUGUGUGGACGAAGGAGAAGGAAAAGGCGGAGGGGGUGCCGGAGCCUGCGGAGACCUUCGAGCAGCUUGCCGAGCGCUACCACUUGGCCGAGGACCUGCUGAACAACGUCCUGAAAGCGGGGUACUGCGUGCCCACCCCUGUGCAGAUGCAGGCCAUCCCUGCCAUGCUUGAGGGCAGGCAGGUCAUGGCCUGUGCACCCACAGGGUCGGGCAAGACAGCCGCCUUCCUACUGCCCCUCGUCCACCACCUGAAGGCACCUUCAGGGGUGGGCGUCCGUGCCAUUGUCGUCGCCCCCACCAGGGAGCUUGCCCAGCAGAUCCACAGGGAAUGUUUAAAACUGGCUGAUGGAAGACGUCUGCGCAUUCAUUUGCUGAGCAAAGUUAAGGAGCUGGUUAAAAAGUCUGGACCUGAGGGAAAGGUCAAAGCUGACAUUUUGAUCUCAACACCAAACCGCCUGAUCUACCUCCUAGAACAGGAGCCACCUGUCCUUUCCAUGAAGAGUGUAGAGUGGCUGGUGGUUGACGAGAGUGACAAGUUGUUUGAGGAGGGUAAGCAGGGUUUCCGGGAGCAGCUGGCCAAGUUGUACCAGGCCUGCGAGAGCUCGAAGGUGCGCAGGGCCAUGUUUUCCGCGACGCACACUAACCCGGUGGCCAGUUGGUGCCGCAAGAACCUUGAGGGCCUUGUCUGCAUCAAUGUUGGAGUUCGGAACUCGGCUGUUGACCUUGUAGACCAGCAACUCCGGUUUGUUGGCAACGAGGAGGGAAAACUGCUUGCAUUCCGCACCAUGGUCCAAGAGGGACUGAGCCCCCCUGUGCUGAUCUUUGUGCAGACCAAGGACAGGGCGCAGCAGCUCUUCCAAGAGUUGAUUUAUGACGGAAUCAAUGUCGACGUCAUCCACGCUGGCCGAUCUCAGCAACAGAGAGACAACACAAUCAGAUCAUUCCGAGAGGGGAAAAUUUGGGUGUUGAUCUGCACAGAGCUGUUGGCUAGGGGUGUUGACUUCAAGGGGGUCAACAUGGUCAUCAAUUAUGACUUCCCACCCUCGGCCAUCAGUUACAUUCACAGAAUCGGCCGCACUGGCAGGGCUGGCCGCAGAGGAAGGGCCGUCACUUUUUUCACAUCAGCAGACUCCGGCCACGUUAGAACAAUCGCCAACUUGUUGAUCAACUCUGGUUGCGAGGUACCUGAGUACAUUAUGAAGCUAGACAGGGCAUCAAAAACGGAGAGGAAGGAACGGGCCAUGAAGGCGCCCAAGAGGAAACAGAUAUCUACAGAGCCCUCCUUCGAAAAGGAAAAGAGACUCAAAAUCAGGCGGAUCAUGAAGAAGGCUAAGAAUAAAGGCGAGAAAGCCCCUAAAAAGGAUUAAAAUUAAUUACAAAUUAAGGGGUCUUCUUUAAAAAGUGAUUCUCUAAAGAGACUUCCUGUGUAAAUAUAAAAUAAUUUAAUAAACAUAAAAGUUAUAAAAAAAGUCAUAUGACUUAUGAGCUUGUAGAACAGUUUAUUUGAGAGCAGCCAGCCAUGUUUUUUGCACAGAUUUUACGUCACUUGUGACGCCAAUAAUAUAAGAGUUACAUCAAAGUGGAAAUAUCUCUUGGUGGCACCACAACUGCGACCUAGACUUUUUAAACGCUCAACAUAAUAUAUGAUAUUAUCAUUAACUGGCCAUCCAGUCGCGCCCUACAGUCUAAACUCUUAACAUGGCGGAUCCAGCACCGACUCUGUCGUCCGAGAUGCAAAAUACAACACCUUCAACGAGCAAAAACCUGGGGAUGGAGAUACCAAAAGUGGCAAGAAAUAUUUCCGAUGUCCAUGCAAAUCCAUCCGAGUUGAUUAACAACCCUUCAGAAGAAGCACUGAUUUCAGAAGCUGCAGAGGCAAGCAAUGUUACUAAGGAACAGCAGCAAGUCCAUUCAAGCUUGUUGCACGAAAUCAGUGAAUUGAAAGCAGAGAUUGCGACCAUGAAGGACCAAUUGAUUUUGAUACUAAGAGAAAAUUUGGAAAUUGCUAAGCAGGGCCUGCCUGCCGCCCAAGGGAACUUUUACAAGGACUGCACUCUGAACAACACCUAUAAUUUGCGUCCGGUGCUGCAUGUUCCACAAGACUAUGAUGCACAACCUGCUGCCCCUCAAGUUGAUGAAAAUGAUGAAGGGAAGAGUUGGUGGGAUGACAGAAGAUGCAGGUUGGCUGUGCGAGUUGUCGGCGGUGUGGUGGCUAUGUACUUGCUGUCCAGCAAGGGGCCGUCCAUCGCAAGUCACGUGACGCGUUCCUUGGAGGAGCGUAUCGGAAACUUCAUCUCAAACCAACUUGCCCCAAGGCACUCCAUCUGCGCUUCGACGGCACCAGCGCCUUCCAGCUUGCAGCAGGCAAUCCCAUUGUCUGAACCUAAUUAACCCAAAGCCCCAAGUAGUGACACAUACAAUUUUAAAGAUUUUAUAGCUGUUGCAUAAAAAAAAGGAAAUAAUGUGAGAUGUUUUGGUGAAACGAAGGACAAGUUUAGUAAUUCUGCUUGAAUUAUAGGUAUUUUAAAACAUGUACUAAAUCAGCAUUUUAAUUGAUAACACGUGGAUGUGAAAAAUUGAUUUUUGUACCGAAAUUAGCCAAUUUCAAAAACACUUCGAAAAGAAAUUGUGAUAGAAAAAGUGCAUUGUUCCCUAUUUGCUUAGGGUGAUCUUUUUGAGUAUUUUGUAUCCUUCCCAAAACGCAGUCUGUGAUUUAUAGAACUCAUAACUUCCAUCUUUGAUAAUUAUUUUCUCAAUACUGACUUAUGGGCGUCGCAAUAAAACAAUGUUUUCAUACCU